CGAAAAUUCUUACAGUAAUAAACGCGGGCUGUACCAUUGAAAAUUUUUAUCUCUGUUUUUUUGCUAAGGAAUUGCUGUUGGGUGUGAGGGUUCAAUUUUCAUGACUCAAUCUACCUAGAGUAGAAAGUUCAAAGAUGGGCGACGAUUCAACAACAGUAAUAAAGAUGCUCAAGGACCUAAAAUCCGAGAACUGCCCCAGAAACAGCGGUAUUUCCCUGCGUCUAUCCAACGCAGGCUUAUCCACGAGUUCUGGCAGAACGAACACCAGAACGUCGUCCCAAACUGACAUCUCGGAGACCCCCCCAAAACGUAAAAGGCUGGACUCAACUCACUCCUCCAACGCACAAGUAUGCUCGACCACAGACUCAGCCCCAGGUACUCCUUGGGAAUGGCGCAGAUUGAAGGGAGAAGUGGUCGCCCUUCGAACCAGACUCUCUCACACAGAAGCCACUGUUACCCAACUCCACAAAAUUCGCCGAGAAAUCGAGGAAGUCUUCGAGCGGGACAAGCACAUGCUGGAGAUGCAGGCAGAGCUGGACAAGCAGACGAUAAAACAACUUGAAUUGCGUCUUGAGUCGUCGAAGAAAACCAUUCAAGAGACACGAGAGGCUCAGGCUACUGCGGAGUCGGAGCUCUUUCAGACGAAAUCUAAACUGGAGCAUAAAAUCCUGAAUGUAAUGACCGAAAAUGCCAGCCUGAAAAAGAAACCGGAAUACUCCACCUCCGACGACUCUUCAUCAUCUCCAGAUGCUCAGGAAGUGGACUCGCAUGCUCAAUCGCAGCUCGAAGCUGCUGAGGAGAGAAUCCUAGAGCUGCAGGCCAAGCUUAAGGAGCACAUGAUCUCCCAUCAGAAAUUCGAGCUCCAGAAUAUUGAGUUGCAAAAUGCGAAGAUGAAGAUUGAGUCGUUGGAGGCAGAAAGGGCCCUCUGGCAGGAGGGUAAGAGUCUAUUGUCACGAGCAGCACGAGCUAAUGAACUUGAUAAAGAGAUACAACAAGCGAAGGAGCAAAUUUCGAUGCUUCGUGAUGCUGUUAAAGGAAAGCUCCUUCUCGAGGAACAGAUUUUCAGCAUGCAGAAGAGACUGGAGCAUACAGAGCUAGUGGAGAAGAAGGUGGCAAUGCUGGAGGUGACAUGCGCGGAAUUAUUCGCGAGAAUUCAACAUUACGAGGGAAUUGGAAUUGGCAAGUGUCCAGUGGAAAUGAGUCGGGAGGUCCAACGUCUCCAGAUUGCUGAAGCUGAUCUUAUGCUGGAGGGAGGGGAAUUGAGGACCCAGGUUAGGGCUCUCAAGAAAGAGAAUGAAGUACUCCAGAAGAGAUAUGAGGAGGCAAAGAAAAUGGCGGCAGACAUGACGGUCUCCAAUGAAACGGUGAAUAAGUUUAUUCUGAGAACCCAGAAGAAGAUUUUACUGGUGACGAGGGAGAGGGACAGCUACAAACAACAAUUGGAUUAUUAUGACAAAGGGAUGACACCUUCGGACAGCAAUAAUGCACUUACUGAAAGAAUUUCAGAUUUGGAGAAGACUAUCGAAGGUUACAAGGAUCUUGUGGAGAAACUCGAGGCUGAUUUGGCAACUCUUUCAGAUCCUGAGACACUACGUGCUAAGGAUGACUGCAAAAAACUACGUGAGGAGGUAGAAAAGCUUAAGGGAGAGUUGGAACACAGAGCUUUGAAGGGAGAUUUCAACGUCAACUCUAGGAUUCUCCACUUCAAGAUGAAUCCAGCCGCUAUUGCUGGACAGCAAGCUGAGGAGAAACAGAAGGCACUGUUGCAGGAGGUUGAGGAACUCAGGGCUAGGGUGCAGCAUGGUGUUUCUAGUAGCAGUGGAACUCCCAUCACUACUUCAUCAUCGUUUCAAGCUCAGGAAAUUGCGGAGCUCAAGCAGUCCCAUGAGAUUAAAAUUGCGAGGUUGAAGGACGCCUUCAAGGCUUCCUCGCAGGAAUACAGACAGGCCUGCUAUCAGCUGUUUGGCUGGAGAGUAGACAGGACCAAGGAGGGAAGGUACAAACUGUCCAGCCAGUAUGCUGAGUCGCCUGAUGAUUUUCUGUUCUUCCAUGUUGGGGAGGGAGUCGAUCUUCUGGAGACUGAAUUCUCGUCGACUCUAGGGCAACUUAUCGAGAGACAUCUUGUUAAGCAACACAGUGUACCUAUGUUCUUGAACGCUGUGCAGAUGGAUCUGUUCUCACAACAGACCAUCACUCAUAUUGUGGAGUGAAUCACUAGGUGUAUCAGGAGAUAAUGGAGAUGAUUUUGGGGGUGAGGUUCCUAUUAACAGCUGAUUAAAAUUGGAUUUGUAGUUUCAUAUAGUUCCACGACGAGAUCCCAUCAAUAUCUCCAGAGAUUUUUAUUUGAUAUAUUUAUAAUGUUACGGUACACAGAUUUUAGAAGGAAAAUCCAUCAAUUGAAGACAGAUUAUUUUGGCAUAAUUCUGCAAAUAGGAAUAUUUCCGUAAAAAAUUCACUCGUCCGUAAUUACUAUCAUUAAUUCAAUAAAAAAUCAGCUUUGAUUACGAAUUUCAAGCAAUUGCUUUUUAUGACCGGACAAAUGCUUGACGUAUUUGUCUAAAUGUUUUUGUUUUUAUACUGUUACAAAAAUAAUCAUCAAGACCGUCUGGAAUUCAACACCUCUAGACACUAUUCAUAUAUUCAUCAUUUCAUUAAUUUUCAUAAUCUCAGGUAUCGGAAUGAUUAAGUGCUGACUGAUGGUGUAAAAAAUUCUCACCGAUUUAUUGACAAUAGCUUCAAGUUGUAUAAAAAAUUGCUUAAUCCUAGAAGCUUAGUAUAGUUCAUCAAUAAUAAAUAAAUUACAUCGAUAGAAAAAAUUUAUAGUCCGCCAUAUAAUUUGUGCGUAAUAAUAGCAAAGGCGUUGAUAUCCCCACGUCCGAGUUGAGUGGGAACUUGAAUUGUCAAUUUACUUAGGAAAAAUUUUACGGAAAAAAUAUUACAGUACUAUUAAAUCCAAUAAACGAUUUCGUGCUAUUCUCAUA